UCUGUGAUAUUAUCUGAUCAUGAUAACAGAGUCGGCCAUCUUUCAGCCUUUCGUAACUUCGUCUCUGUAGACGCUUGUCUUUUAUCUCGGCGCACGUCUCCUUAAAUUAAAAUAUUACUCAGUAAAUUCCUUACAAUAUUUGAGUUUUGUUCUUACUAUAGUUUACUUUUGUACUUUUGUGUGCUACCGUCCACCAUCAACACCGUUCGCCGUCGCCGUCUCCGGGUGCCAAAUCUCCAAGUUCCAACCUACACUCCACAGUGCCGCUCAGCCAUUGCCGGGACCAACACGGGUUCAUAACAGUCGGUAUUUUCUCUCUCCUAAAUACAGGUUUACAGGCAAUCAUAUCUUGACUUAAUAUACAAUUCAUAAUGGAAAAUAUAAAUCCAAUAGCAGAAUCCAGCAGAUGUGAAGCAGUCGAAUUGUAUAAAAAAUCAUCUUUUGUUGAUAUAUAUGAAGGUCUGCAAUCUUUACGCUAUAGUAAAAUUUUUUGUGAUAUAAAAUUGAAAACGGACGAUAAAAAAAUAAUAACUGCACAUAAAGUGGUUUUAUCAGCGGCUAGUCCGUAUUUCCAUGCUAUGUUCACAAAUUUUGCAGAAAGUAAUCAUGAUCUUGUAGAAAUGAGACAUAUAAAUUAUACUGCUUUACUGCUCUUAGUAAAGUUUAUUUAUUCAGGGAAAAUCUUGAUGACUGGAGAAAACGUCCAGAUUUUGCUACCAGCUGCAGACCUCUUGCAGUGCAAGAAGUUAAAGAGGCGUGCUGUAAUUUUUUACAGUCACAACUCUGCUCUACAAAUUGUUUCAGUAUUAACACUAUAGCUGAUUUACAUAGCUGUACAAAAUUGAUGACAAGUUCAGAAAUAUAUAUUCAUCAACACUUUUCAGAAGUUGUUGGUGGUUACGAAUUCCUAUCCUUAUCAUUGGAACAAGUAAUUAAGUUGAUAUCCAGUGAUAGACUUCCAGUAUCAUCUGAUGAAAAAGUAUUUGAAAGUGUUAUUAGGUGGGUAAAAUAUGAUUUGGAUUCAAGACAAUGUGUUUUAUUCCAAUUAAUGCAACAUGUACGAUUACCAUUAACAUCGAUGGAUUACAUAUUAAAAAAUGUAGUUGAGGAACCUAUUAUAAAGAAUUGUUUAAAAUGUUAUAUUUAUGUAUUGGAGGCAUUAAAUACACUCGAAUCAGAAGAGCUUAUUCCUCAAAGUAUCCAGAAUAAACCCAGACAUGGGGAAAAAGUUAUAUUAGUUGUUGGUGGAAUUCGGUCUGUAUUAAAUAAAAGUUUAGAAUGGUUUGAUACACGAACGAACUUAUGGCAUAUUGGACCAGAAUUAAUUGCAAACUUUAGAAGAAGUAGUCUAGUCGUAAUGAACGAUAAUUUUGUAUUUGCUAUGGGUGGUUAUAAUUAUGAUGAAUUACCUCUUCGGUCUGUUUUUGUGCUUGAUAUAUCUUCAGAAUCACCUUGUUGGCAACAAAGUGUCAGCAUGUUAGAAUUACGAGAAUCUUUAAGAGUUGGUGUAAUAAAAGAUAAUAUCUAUGCCGUAGGAGGAUAUAAUAUUACAGAUGGAAAUUUGAAUAGUGCUGAAGUCUUUAACUUCAAUACUCAAGAAUGGCGUAUGAUAAGUAAUAUGCCAAUUAUAAGAUUAUUUUUUGCAGUCGGAGUCCUGAAUGAUCUUUUAUAUGUGGUAGGAGGUUCUGAUCAAUCAAGACAGGCUUUAAACACUGUUGACUGUUAUAAUCCCAGUACUGAUAUGUGGUCACCAGUCGCAAACAUGUGCGUACGUCGCAGUGGUGCUGGUGUAGGAGUUUUAUACGGUGAACUAUAUGCUGUAGGCGGUGUUAAUGGAUCAGAUCUUUUGAGUAGUGUUGAAAAAUACAGUCCAAAAACAGGAGUUUGGACUACUAUGGCAUAUCUAAAUGUUCCACGAAAAAGUGCAGAAGUAGUUGCAUUAGAUGGUUUAUUGUAUGUCAUCGGUGGAGUGAACCUAACUCCUGGUUUGGAAUCUGUAGAAUGUUACAACCCAAACACCAAUACGUGGGCCAUGGUCACAGCGACAAUGAAUGUUGAACGGUUUUUACCUCGAGCAGUAGCCAUUAAUAGGCCACGACAUUUUACAACUUGUUAGCAUUCAUGAUUAUUUUUUUGGUACAAUAUAGAAAUGUUUGGAACCGUUCCAAUGUGUGACCUACAUAUCCAUUUUCGGUCUAGUGUGUGACCUACAUGGCCUAUACUGCAUUUUUUUUAUAGUUAUUAUAGUUUUUAUAGUUAUUAAUUAAUUAUCCUUCAUGUCUGAUAAGAAGAGAAUACCAUCCAUUAUACAGUGACCCACUUGUAACCUACGCUAUACAGCAGAGCGACAUCCACUUGCCCACCUUUUUUAUAUUUUAUAAUUUAAAAAACUUUACUAAAUUAUGUCGUUUUAGAUUUUUAGCAGAGCGAUGAAUGUAUUUGAUUAUACAAUGAUGUGUGUUUUUUUUA